UCGACUAUUUUUUCCAAAUACAUAGUGAUUAUUUACAUUAUUUGAGACUAUGAUUCAGCAUUUGAUUGGAGGCGGAGACGUGAUAGUGAUCCAAAUGCAAACGAUCAUCAUGUGCAACUUAAAUAAAUCAGCAUUAAAAUUUCUGCUCUUAUUAACGAGGGCGUGAUCUUAACAGCUAUAUCGCCACAGCUAUAAAAGGUUUGAGUACUGCAUGCAAAUUUCGUUGGAUAAUUUUUCAAGAUAUGUGGGAAACCUUUAACUUUGCAAGUUGAGUACUUGAGUGUCUGUUAUCGGUUGACCCCUCGUGUACAGAGAUCAAGUUUAAAAAGCAGAAACCAGAUCGUUGUAGUCGUUCUCCAUUAGAGAUGUCUCCAUCAAGCGCGGAACAAUCAAAGGAAACAUGAACGAGAGUAGUUUGACUUCAACAGCUGAUGCGUGGAGUGACCUGACCACGCCAACCAUGAAAUGGGUUUUUCGAGGCCUUUUCUCAACAAUCCUAUUUCUUGGUUUGGUUGGAAAUGGCGCAGUAUGCUCAGCCAUUGUUCUAAAGCAGAGAUUGCGAACGACGGCGAAUAUGUUGGUGUUAAACCUUGCUGCGGCUGAUUUCGUAUUUGUGGCGCUUUACGCCCCGACACAACUCUCCUUUUUCGAGAACAACUACAGCUGGGAGAUGGGUGACGGUGUUUGUAAGCUCACAUACACAGUCUUACCAGCAUGCCUUUGCGCUACUGUGGAAACUCUUUUAUGUAUUGCGGUGAUACGUUACAAAGCUGUGGCGAGUCCGUUUCGUUUGCGCGUCGGAAUGACUUAUAAAACAACAGCAGUGGUGAUAUCUGUCAUAUGGCUGACCUCUUUGUUAACAGGCCUACCAGUUCUUCUUUUGGCGAAGACUGUACAGUACCAAGACAGGGUAUUCUGUGACGAAAUCUGGCCAGUUGGCAAGCCUUACCGUGAAGUUUACUGGGUUUUUAUAUUUCUUAUCCAGUACGCCAUUCCAUUGCUGGCUAUCAUUCUUUUAUCCAUUGCUACAAUCGUAAAAGUGAAACAGAGUCGCGCUCGUGUAAUACCAAGUGCUCCGUCCAUCAACAACGAAGCAAAUUCAGUUUCCCAUGUCUUACAAGCUAACGUGAGGCAAAGACAAAGGAGAGAGAUCAACAUGUCAAAGAUGUUGACAGGUUUGGUCAUCCUGUACGCAAUCUGCAUGCUUCCGCAGCACGUCGUGUUUUUCUGGCUUACGUACGGCAACUUGAAACAGCAGGAGUACUCGCUAUACAUUUUCACUAUCGCUAAUAUGUUUCCGAUCGCUAACAGUGCGUUAAACCCUCUUAUAUACGGCAGUUUACAUAAAGAGUUGAAAAGUGGCUUUAAAAACUGCAUUAAGUGUUCAUAA